UGACAGACGUAGAAAGCGGAACUAUCGAACACAGCUGAUACCAUCCUGCUGUACUUCAGCACGGAGCGUAAAUACUGAGACACUCGCUGUCAUCUUCUAACAUGUGGUGGCUUUUGCCUUGUAUCCUCGGCUUCAUCCGACUCUACUUAGACGGCGUCAAAGUUCUUCUAUACCAGCUUUUCAACAGAUCAUUCACACUGCCAGAUUUGCCCAAGCAGAAUGGAAAGGUUGCCAUAGUUACAGGGGGAACCAGAGGAAUGGGAUAUGAGAUUUCCAGAUAUCUGGUCAGCCUGGACAUGCAUGUGGUCAUUGCUGGGAAUGAGGAACAGGAGGGUCUGGAAGCAGUGAAGAAGAUUCGAGAAGAAUUAAAUCAGGGAAAAGUGGAAUUCAUGUACCUGGAUUUGGCCUCUUUGACAUCUGUACGACACUUUGUCCAGAGAUAUAAAGCCAAAGGUUUGCCACUACACGUCCUUGUCAAUAAUGCUGGUGUUAUGCUUGUUCCGGAGAGGAGAACAGAGGAUGGAUUUGAGCUACACUUUGGGCUAAAUUACCUGGGCCAUUUCCUGCUGACAAACCUGUUGCUGGAUGUGCUGAAGAAGUCAGGCAAACCUGGGAAAUGUUCCCGAAUAGUCAUUAUGUCUUCAGCUACCCACUAUGGAGGAAGAUUAACUCUGGAUGACUUGCAGGGAAGGAUGUGUUAUAGUGCUCAUGGUGCAUAUGCCCAGAGUAAACUGGCCCUGCUGCUGUUCUCCUACCACCUGCAGGACCAGUUGUGGGUCAGAGGUGACCCUGUAACAGUUAACGCAGUGGACCCAGGCAUGGUGGAUACAGCCCUGUAUGACAAUCUGUCCAGCCCGGCCCAGCUGGCCAAGAAACCUUUCGCAAAACUGCUCUUCAGGACGCCUGCAGAAGGAGCAUCCACGGCCAUCUACACUGCAGCUGCCUCCGAGCUGGAGGGGAUCGGAGGACUGUAUCUGUACAACGGACGCAAGACGGAGUCUUCAGCAAUUUCUUAUGACCAACGGCUGCAAACCAAGUUGUGGAAAGAAAGCUGUGCUCUAGUGGGUCUCCAAUAGACCUGAGAAAAAAUCAAAUCGGCACUGAGCUCCUGAUCACUGAAACCUUGGCCCUCAUCUUACAGUCCAUAUAACAUCCACCUGAAAAAUUCAACCUCAUGCCUUAUUAAGUUAGUAUCCCUAUUUGCCAAAUUAUCCCUUGGUCUUUAAAUCAUCUUAUUACCUUUAUAGUGUUCACAUAAGCCAUCCUUUAACCUCUUGAGAACGUGUACCUCAAUGAAACGUGACAAGUGCGCUGUUUUUCGUCCUGAAACUGCUCACUUCCUCCUCACUUGGGAACUCUCUGAACACUUUUCCCCUGAGCUAAGCAAAUAAAACAGUGAUUUUUGACUAAUAAUCUAGUAUCUUGUUCUCUGCUAAGCCUUUUUGGGUGCUUAAUGAAUCAGGACCGUCGCAAUGGCUGUUCUACUGAUUUUCCUUUGGAUUUUGUCAACAGACUAUAAAGACAAUCGAAGGAUAAAAGGAUUACAUGUGAAAUCUCCAGCUUUCUAAACUGGGCAAAGACCAGCCUGUGUCUGUUGAUUCUCUUAAGUUUCCAUGCUAGGAUUUUGCGUCUUUCUUUGUUAGUAUAGUUGAAUAUCUUCAGUGGCGCCUACGCUGGGUUAUUCCGCCCAUCAGUCAGUGUCAUUCCUCCCUCUGCCUACCGCAUCUAAUUGUCUAAACACAAACUGCUGAAGGGCUAAGGGGGAAAAACAUUUGUCUGGCUAAGCCCUUCAUUUUUCAUUCCCUCACUGUGCAAUUUGCAAUGCUGUGUUUUAAAUUUAACCACAAAAGACGGCUGCCCUCAUGCCAGGUGCCUCACCUUCAUUCACCUUCUUUCUCCCAGAGGGGGAAAUUUCGUCCAACUGUUCUGUUCGUGACUGUGACGUGCUCAGAAUUUGUGAUUCCAAUGUGUAAUAAUGUAGUUGGGGUUUUUUUUUUUCGACAGACCUUGAAACCGAAACAUUUAAAAUAUGUGCACAUAUUUUAUAAAUCAAGAUUUUCCUUUGAGAUGUUGAGACUUAACUUUUAAAUAUAUUCAGGCAUCCUUUUUUUUUUUUUAAUAUGCAUUUAUCCAAGGUCGAUGUACAAUAGCAAACUAGCUAAUUGAGUCUUGAAAUAAUGGAAAAUUUGAACGUUUUCCAACAGGAGAUGUCGCUUAAUAAAUACCAAUAUAUAAAAGUACUGUAAAAUGAGUUACUUUCUACCUGCUGGUGUCUGUGACAACUUGGAGGUGUCGUCUCAAGUUUGGCUGCUUUGUUAAAGUGCUACUUUGACUUGUUAAAUUCUAAUUUAAAUGUUCUAUUGUCAAAAUGUGCCUGUUAUUUGUGUGUUUUAUGUGGCGUCAAUCAUGCAGUUGACCAAAUGUGUUCACUUUUAAGCCUCUCCGAACUAAUUCAGUUCAUUUUCUGUAUCGUGAAGUGAAUGGUAUAUGAAGCUUUUGGGUAAAAGAGAGAUGAAGAUAUUCCCCCAUUUGCAUUGCUUUUGAAAAUUUGCUUUUGUUAUCGCCUAGUUUUGCUUAUUGUACUGUAAUUAUGCACUAAUGGAAGUGCUGCUGUAUUAUAAUGUAUCUAGCAUUAUAGGAAGGGUAAAUAACUUCCACGCACAUAAUGAUCCAAUAGAUUAAUUAUAUGGUUGUGAUACUGAGAAAUAAAUUAAUAAUAGUGUUUGGAGGCACCAAAUGGUUGAUGAUAAAUGAAUCGAAAAACAGUCCCAGUACAAAAUGUGCAAAGAGGCUUGGCUCCUCAGCCAUAUGCACUGUGAAUAAGCUCAAUGUUUCUGUCAUUUGUGUGUGUGAAAGAGAGGGAUGAAGACAGAGAAAAGAGUGCAGCAUCAUCUUGCCAGGAGACUCUGAAGUGUCUCAUCUUCAGCUCUUGUAGAAAACAGAGUGAAUGAGUUGCUCUUGUCUAAAUAAAAACACUGAUUUCGCUGUUGCAGUAGCUGUUUUUUUCUGCUAAUGGUGAAGUGUAAAUGAAAAUAUGGGAUGUAAAAGCCAAUUUAUGUUGUUUCGGUUUUAGAAAUUGUGCCGGUCAUUUGCUGUUUCUAGGACACCAAGCAGAAGUCAUAUGAUCCACAUGCUCUGUUA